CACACGCCUCCCAGUUCCUCUUUCGACCACAUCUUUCUCUAACAGUGCCUCGAAUCUCCCUCAAAACAGUGCCAUAGAGGAGUUAAUACAGUGCCAGUAAUGAUUGUUCUGCUUAUCUUCAGCGUGUUAGCUCACAGUGGCGUGUCUGCAAUGGGGGGACUAAGGCACUUUGGACCCUAUGGACACCCACUUAACAAAAACAACAAUCCUAACAACAACUACAACUACAACAAUCACAUUUACAACCAGCCUACAACACCUCAACACAACUCACAACAAAACCCCGUUAAAGUCCACCAAAACAACAACAACAACAACAACAACAGACCAACAAACAACAACUACCAAAAUCCAGACUGCCACAACCACCACCACCACCUACAACAACAACAACAAGAACAACAACAACUACAACAACUACUACAACAACAAUAUCAUCAAUUCAAAGCACAAGAGGAAAAGAGGAAAUUUGAAAACACUAUAAGGAAAAUUUUUAGUGAGAGGAAAAUGGAUACAAGUGUUUGGGACCGUCUGUUUGGCCACGACGCCUCAAAUGACCUGGAAAAUGACCUGACCACUUUGCAUGACCUCAGUGCCAAGUUUGGAGUCUACCACCUGCUCCCUGAUGACCUGAAGAUGCGAAGAGAUGACUUGACCAGAUCCCCGAGUUCCUACACAUCCUACAUGGAGGACUCGCAGGACAGUAAAGGCUUUCCUGGCAUGGAUUUCUACAGCAUAUUCGCCUUUGCCAUUUUCUUCAGCACCAUCACGUAUGCCAUUUUCUUCUUCCUGCAGCAAAACGACGAGGAGAAGAGGAGUCUGGACUCAUCUCCACUUAGUGUCUUGCAGGGGAGUUUGGUGAGAGUGGUGACUGAGGCGUUGGAGAGGUGGAGAAAGACGAUGAGGGCUGAUUGCCACACGACACACAGUUUGGUGGGAGGUGUGGAGGGGGAAGCACGUCGCCUCCAGUGGUCUUGUGUUCCCAGGUUUGUAGUAACGCAGGAUGAUAAAACUUAA